AUUGGAUGCAGUUAGUUUGAAUUGUGAUUGUUUUGUUUUCAAAGUACAAGAUAACGAACGUUUACUGUUGAUGCAAGCUACGUGUAUAAGAAGAUUACGUUGAAAUAUUUAUCAAAAUGGAGAACUGCAGCCUACAUUGUGAUAGUGAUGCAUCGCAUUUGGAAAUACCGUUGAAUAGUGACAGAGUAAUUCACAAACGUCGAUCUUCUGUAUUUCAAAGUCGUAUAGUUGAUUUUGACCAAUGUGAAGAAAAUCAGAACUCUAUGGACAAUGAUGACAUGAAACACUAUGCAUCAAAAACAUUACAAGAAGACGAUUUCGAUUUUGAACAAUAUAUACAUAACCUUAAAAAUGAGAGAAAGCAAUGGAUAACUAUGUUGAAACAAAGGAAAUCGGAACGGAAAAGAUUGUUGAACCAGAAAUUGCGAUUAGAAAGCCAAAGGCAACCUUUUGAUCUAACUGUUUUAACAGAUUCUGAAAGAGCGUUCGUUUUGGCCCGCCCAAAUUAUCAGAAUAUUUACGAAAACAAUAAAAAGUUACGAGAAAAAACAGUAAAACUAUCAAUUCUAAACCAAAUGGUUUACAGAGUAAAUCAGAAAUUUAUUUCGAGAAUGGAGGUAGGACUUCGUAAAAUAACAGAAAAGAUUAUUGAGAAGACAAAAUCAUGACACACACCAUAUUAUUAUAGCAAACACACGCGCGCGCGCGCACACACACACACACACAGACACACGUAUAUCGCGAUUACUAUAAGAAAAUUAAAUAUUUAUAUAUAGACUUCCUAUUUUUAUAAGAGUAAAAUAAAUAUAUUUGUUCAUGUGUGACAGAAGGAACAAAAUUGUUUUGAGUUUGUACAGAAUUAAUAUAUUUUUCAUAUAUUGAUAUAGAUUUGAAUGAAUUACAGAAUAAUGUAAAAACAUUAUUUAUUUCGUAGAUAUUUGAAACAAAUAUUCUUUCUUUGAUCAAAUAAAUUUAUGGCAUUACCAUGAAACUGAUAAUGAUAUAUUUGUGUUGAAGCAAAUUUGUGUUUGUAUCUUGAUCACAUUGAAAUGAUUAAUGUUUUAAAUAAUUUAAAAUGGAACAGAGAAACCAGUAGAGUUGUCAUCUGUGCAAAUGAAAACUUUUGCGCCGAGCUGUUUUUCUCUCUUUUUGUGACAAGUAUUCUUUUCUUGAUGUACUACUGUGUAAUUCAAGUAUAUGAUUUAUUUUUCUGACUAUCUCCUCGCCAGUUAUCGAAUCUGCCUCGAAUUCGUGAUUUUUGAAUUGUCCAGAUGACACUAUUCAAAGAUAUUUACUUGUUAAUAAAGUUCAAUUAUCAAA